AUGGUUGGAAGAAAACCUGCAAUAGAGCCUCGUGAAGUUGUUGCGGCUGUAAUGCAAUUUAAAGAGAGGGUAGUGAUGAAUGACGAUGAUGAUAACAGAAGUAUAGUUGUUGCAACUAAUCCUGUAUGGUACGAGAUUAGCUGCUACUUAAAUGGGCGUAUGAAUGGUGCGGCAUUACAUACAUUUGUGUAUCGUAAUGCUCAUGGUAUUAAAGACAGUUUAGGUUUUAUUUCUGGUCAGAACAAAAAGAACAGCUUAAUGACAGAAGAAAAUAGUUCGCACGAUGAUGAUGAUUCUAGUGAGGGUAAUAGUGAUACAUCAAUAACACUACCAUCAAAAAAAAUUGUUCUCACGUUCUCACCUGAAGAAUGGAAAAGUGUAGAGCCGGAAGAAGUCCGUUACAAAAAUAAUGAUAAACGCUCUACACAAAGUUCCAGAGUAUACCAUGUAUUGCCAAAAAAUACAUGGACCCCAUUAUUGGCUGAGCAUUUUUGGGAGCACACUCAGUUACCUUGUUGUCUAUCUUUUCGUAGAGCAAGAGUACAUCCAUAUGGUAAUUUUUACAUAAAAAUUGUCGGAAAAUGUACUGUAUGUGACUCCUAUUUCGAAGGAAUUGUGCACGAAAGACCUCCAACAACUGCAAGAGUUCUUAUGGAAUGUUCUUACACAGGUAAUUUUGACGAAGUGCAUAAGGCAAAGAAACGUCGCAUGAUUGGACCUGCACAAUCAAAAGCUAUUACAGCUAUGAUUAAUGACGGUCGUUCAAGCGAGUCAUUUCGAGAGACAGAAGCAGCACGGUUAAUGAAAAUAGGAGGAAACAAUCCAUCAAUUAUUCCUACGGGAAAUGCUUUACGUUUACUCAAAUCCCGUAAAAUUGCUUCUGAAAAAAGAAAUAAAGAUGCUCUUACUGCUAUUGCUCUUAUGAAAAAAGAAAACGAAUAUAAAGAUAUUAUCCGAAAUGUGGGAUGUGACCCAUUUUUUAUUUAUUAUUACAAUAAAGAGCAAAUCCAUAUGUAUCGAGAAUAUUCUAAAUCUGUUACACAUCCACAGAUAAUAAUAGAUGCAACUGGAUCAGUUGUUAAGAAUUUCAUGAAAUUUGGACUUGAAAAAACAAAGACCCUAUUCUUAUACGAGGCGGUAGUGUAUGACAAAGCAAAGAAUCAUAGUUUCACAGUCACUAACAUGAUAAGUGAGAGUCACAACACUAUUUCAAUAUCAAAUUGGUUGGCCAACUGGAUGGCUAGUAAUGUUCCCCAGCCUAUGCAGACUGUUUGCGAUCAGUCUUUGGCUUUACUUUCUGCAAUUGUGAAAACGUUUACUCAGUAUUCUUCUUUAAAAAUCUAUAUCGAAGUUUGUGCCGAUAUCAUCACUAAUAGAUUACCUAGAGAUUCUCGCUGGCUACCUCAAUGCUAUGUUAGAUUAGAUAUAGCUCAUUUUAUGAAGCUCGCGUGUCAAUGGCCCUCACUUAAAUCUUUGAACAGGAAAGUACGAGAAAUAAUUCUCAGAACAAUUGGUCGUUUAGUGAAAUGUCAGGAUCUCCAAGAAGUUUAUUCAUUAUUGUUAUCAGUUUUUAUAUCAAUAACUAAUGAAUCAAAUGGCUUAGUAAAAAAUACUGCAGUUGAAACUUCUUGUGAAAGGCAUAACAGAAGACUAAUGGAAAUUGUCUCUACCGGAAUUAUCGAAUUAGAUGAACAACUUGAUGAACUAAUAGAUUAUUCUGGAACUGGAUCCGAUACCCAUGAUAUGUUAGAAGAACAAUUUUGUCAUUUUGAAGGUCUUGAAGAACAUAAUCCUUUUCAAAAAUGGGCUGAAAAAGUGUUUAUUGAAAGUGAGCAACACAAACAAGAAGGAACAGGUAUAAAUCCUCUAUAUGCUCCCGAAAUUGUUCCACAUUUAAUUAAAAUGAUGAAAUUACUACCACUGUGGUCAGGAAUAAUGAUACCCAUUUUUGGUUUUGGAGAUGUUAUUUGUAGUUCUGCAGCAGUUGAGUCCAGUUUCAACAAAUUAAAAAAUAUAACAUUUAAGCAUAUAUCACUACCAACGGAUAUAGAAUCCUUUCUGGAAAUCCAUUUGCUUUCACUGCGUGGAUCAUCACUAUUAAAAUCUGCAGAAGUAUUUGCAACUGAUAUUAGAAAUGAUGCUGAAACAGAAAAUCCCGUUAUUCAAAAUAAAAAUUAUAAUUUAAACAUGUCAAACUGUCCUUUAUGUAAAUCCGGAUCCUUUCCUUCUAAGAAUGGAGCACAUAAAUGUUCAGUAUGCAAAAUACCAGUCCAUGCACUAUCAGAGUGUUCAGCACAUCUUCCAAAUGAAGAUGAUAUUCGUUUAUGCUAUAGCUGUUUGGAAAUAAACGAAAAGUCCAAAGAAAACAAUGCAACAGAUAACUGGUGUCGACGAUCUAAAAAACAACUGAAGAGUGCAUCUUAUAUCAUUCCUAAUCCCCACUUACGCCAUGUUAACAUUGGUAACUCUCGAAACUUACGUAAUUUACCUUUGCUCAAAAAUGGAUCACGUGCUGAUGAACUUAAGGCAUGUGUACUUAAAAGUCAAAAUACAAACGUAAUUUUGAGUAACACGUGUGCCUUUGACUCAAUUGCAUCAAUGAUUAUGGUUUCAUUCUGUGACAGUCAAAAUUAUUCAAGUGGUCUUUUGAAAAAUAAAACGAAAUUUGUUGAGUUCAUUUCUGAAUUGGUGAAAAAUGGCAUAACUUCACAUACAUAUUCCGAACGAGCAGAAUUAAUAAUCACAUCGCUUAAUCCGAACCGAGAAACAAUGGAAUAUAAUACGACAUUAUUAAUCUGUGAUACUACACCAAAAUCCGUAUUUAAAUAUAUGUUAAGUGAAUUCCCUUCCUUGAAAGAAACAAGCAAAUGCUCAAAUGAAAAAUGUGAGAAAUAUCAAGAGAAGUGUCAAGAUCGUUGUUUUGUUACAUUUACUACUACGAGUGGACAAGUUGAUGAUCUUCAAGAACUUGUAAGUAAUGGAAUGAAGACUGAAGAGUUUAUAUGUAACCACCAAAUUAAUGAGCCAGAAAAUAUACCAUGCGCUUUCUUGCGAAAAACCAGUUGUGAAGUAUCACCACUUCAUGUGUUAAUUGAAAUUUUAUAUUGGAAAGGUGAAAAUAUGCAGCAAAGUAGUGAGGCAGCACCUCACAUAAAAGUAAAACUAUGUGAUAUCCCUGAAGUCAUAAUUCUUAACGGUAUAUCUUAUGACCUAAGGGGAGUACUAAAUUACAGACCAGGAAAAAGUUUCCUUAGAAGCUCUAUUGGACAUUAUACAACAUAUGCCAGAAGAAGUGGAGGUAAUUGGGAACUUUACGACGAUUUAAAGAAAAAACCUAUGCCAAUAUCCCAAAAUACAACAGCAUCAUGCGAACUUCUAUUUUAUAGUGUAUAA